AUGGUACAUGUUGGAGAUGCGGUUACAAUGCUUGGAUCGGGGCUGGCCUUCUUCUCGCUGGGAUGGUUAUUUUUUGUAAAGCAGUUAUUUCGCAACUACGAGGUGCACAAUCGAAGUGUGCAGCUGCUAUUCGCCCUGACGUUCGCCAUCUCGUGCACGCUGUUUGUGCUGAUCAUUUUCGAGAUUGCCGAUGUUUUACAGGCUGAUUCCCGGAUGACGUACUGGCGGCUGAAUCUCUACAUUAUCCUCUUCAUUCUGAUCGUCAUUGUGCCGCUCUACCUGCCAUAUUGCUGUCUACGCUCUUUUACGCAAAUGUCGAGAAGUAAAGCGCUCGCCUCUUCCCUGAUCAUCUUCACCACGUUCAUCUACUUUUUCUGGAAGGCCGGCGAUCCGUUUCCGAUUUUGAGCUCUCAGCACGGUAUAUUCACUAUCGAGCAGGCCAUUUCUCGAAUCGGCGUGAUCGGCGUGACGGUGAUGGCGUUCCUCUCGGGUUUCGGUGCCGUCAACGGGCCCUAUCAAUGCUUGACGUACUUUGUUAGUUCGGUCACCAUGGAGGAUAUCUACAAAAUGGAGCGAAAAGUGCAUCAAGUGAACGACGCGAUCGUGCGCAAGCUCUUCCAAAUCGAGGAUUUCAGCAAUCAGCUCGAGAGUUCGCUGAACGCUGCUACCGGCGCCACACCACUCUACAAGCGGGCAUUUAGCCGAUGGUCCGAACCGUCGAGCGGAGGCAUUCAGCAAAAGAUUAAGGGUCUUGAGCUCGAAAUCACGCAAAACGAAGAGCUGCAGCGGCAUCUAUUCUACGAGCUGAUCGAGUUGAGGCAGAACAAGGAACGAGCCGACUAUUCGAAGACGUUCCUGGGCAAGUACUUCAACAUGCUCGGCUAUUUUUUCGCCAUCUACUGCGUGUGGAAGAUUUUCAUCUGCACGAUCAAUAUUAUUUUUGAUCGUGUGGGAAAGGUCGACCCAGUGACGCGAAGCAUCGAAAUCCUGAUCCAUUGGUGUGGCCUGAGCUUUGAUGUGCGUUUCUGGUCGCAGCACGUCUCCUUCCUGCUCGUCGGCAUCAUUGUCGUCACCUCCGUGCGCGGCCUGCUCAUUACGCUGUCAAAAUGGUUCCACGCGAUCGCCUCGAUCAAGAGCUCCAACGUGCUCGUGCUCUUCUUUGCACAGUUGAUGGGCAUGUACUUUGUCUCGACGGUGCUCCUGAUGCGGAUGAACGUGCCGUCGCAGUACCGCGAGAUCAUCACCAUCGUGCUCGGGGAUCUGAAGUUUUCGUUUUAUCACAGAUGGUUCGACGUAAUCUUCCUCAUCUCGGCGCUGUGCUCCAUCGCCGUCCUCUACCUCAUCCGACGGCCAGCACGAGAAAAAUCCGAUUUU